CAGAUAUAGUGAAUGCAGGGUCCGGGGAGACCAGAUAUAGUGAAUGCAGGGUCCGGGGAGACCAGAUACAGUGAAUGCAGGGUCUGGGGAGACCAGAUAUAGUGAAUGCAGGGGUCCAGGGAGACCGGAUAUAGUGAAUGCAGGGUCCUGGGAGACCGGAUAUAGUGAAUGCAGGUUCCGGGGAGACCGGAUAUAGUGAAUGCAGGUUCCGGGGAGACCAGAUAUAGUGAAUGCAGGGUCCGAGGAGAGCGGAUAUAGUGAAUGCAGGGUUCGGGGAGACCAGAUAUAGUGAAUGCAGGGUC